GAGCGGGCCCGUCCGCCCUGCCCUGCCCGCUGGCCGGGGCGGAGGCCAGGCAGCACCGCCUCCCCGGGGCGGGCGGCUCCGGCGGCGGCACACGGCCAUGCGGCUGCCCGGCGGGACGCUGCCGGCCCCCUUCUUCCUCGCCCUUUGCGUCUGGAGGCUGGUGCCGCGCCGGGAGGCCGCAGGAACAGAAGAAGUGGUCUUCGGAAAGGUUGGAGGAAGCGUCCUCCUUUUAUGCCGAAAUGUCUCCAAAGAAGCAACCGAGGUGGUCUGGUUUCAAGGGGAUCCGCACUCUUUCCCCCCGCUCUUCUCCUCGAGGGUCGCCUUCCCACCAGACAUCCGUUUCUCCCUGGUUGACAACAGCGCUCUCAGCAUCACAGAGCUGCGCCUGCAGGAUGAAGGCAACUACACUUGUAGGGAGGUGCUGAACAAGACGGACCACGAGCACAGAGUCCAGCUCCUAGUAGGCAAUCCGCCGCAGUCAACCCCAAAAUGCUGGGCUGAGACCUCCUCGUCAGGGCUGAUGCUGCAGCUGUUUUGCAGCUGGCCUGGGGGGUAUCCCCACCCCACCCUGCACUGGAGAGAAGAGGGGCAAAAUCUGGAGAACUCAAGCUGGGUCAUCAGCUCCACAAGCUCCUCGGACACCCAUGUGGAAACGCUGAACAGCUCCCACCUCUCCCACCGCAAAGUAUUCAAGUGUGUUGGGAGCCAUAUCGUCAAGCAGGAGGAGCCUGCAUGCACUGUGGAGAUAAAAAUCCCUUCACUGGAAUCGGAGCCCCCGAAGACCUGCUUUGUGGGUGACAAUGUGACCUUGACAUGCCGUGUGACCGAGAGCACCCCAGCAGCAAGGCUCACCUGGCUGCGGGGCAUCACCCAGCCAGAGGUGGAGAUCCAGCCUGGAGGGAGGUACCUCAUCACCCAGGAGGGCAACGUGUCCCGGCUCACCAUCCGGAACUGCUCCCAGGGCACCGACGGGGGCUGUUACAUCUGCAAGGCACAGAACCCCGUGGGGCUGAGGGAGCUAUUCGUCUGCCUGACGGUGAAGCAACCAGAGAACAUCAUUGGGGUCGUGGGUGCAGUGGUGGUCCUGUCCCUGCUGGCUAUUCUCACCGUCACCGGGGUCGUCCUGUACUACAAUCCCCUCCUGUGCCUGAGAGGUGCUGCAUUCAGGAAUCAAGACUCAGGUGAUGUGCUAGUGCUGGUGGACUCGGAAGACGAUGAUGAGGGGAGGGGGGAAGAGGAGACCAUGAGCAGCUCCACCAAGCAUGAGGCGCUGGCACUGGUCAAUGGGAACAGCGCCCAGACCGCUUACCUCAGCCGCCUGACGGAAGGUGACAAUGGCGAGCAGCACAGCAAGGUGCCUCCGCAGGAAGCGAGGGGAGAGGAGAUGUGAGGCUCGUGGUUCCAUCCCUUCUUGCAGAAGCACACAGCACCCGGCUGGGCGCCAGCAUCGAGCCCGUCCUCACUGCAGCGGGGCCGGGCGCAGGCCCGUAGCAUCCUGCAGUGGGCUGGUUCGGUCAGAGAUCCCCUCUUGUUUCUCCACUCUCCCCCAGCUUUCACCCUGCCCUUUCCCAGCCACACUUCUCCAUUUCUUCUCUCCUCUUUUCAUGUUCCUCUUUGUCUCAGGUGUCCUUUUUAAACAGGGUUAUGCCCAGCGCAGGCAGAGCCUGGGAGGUGGGUCCCAGUAGCCUGCUUUGAUGCCUGUGACAGACUGGUAUACCAGUAUGGGGGUCUGGCUCAGUCACCACGAGCGCUGCUGGGGUUGUGGGGAGCGUGAUGGAGAGGAUUGCCGCGGGGCCGGGGAGGUCCUGGAAUAAUGGAAGAGACAACUGGAGCACAUGCAGGACAUGGGUGAUGCUAACUAGGCAGGCUUAAUUGUUUUUGUUAUAAAUAUUUUUUCUCCUA